AUGUCACGGCGCCUUCCGCCAAAACCCCAGCGACCGAGGGGAACCGAAAUCUUGUCUCCCAGGGAAGAAGCAUUGAAGGUUAACCCGUACGCAAAAAUACUAGCAACAGAAGUCCGCAACGAAGUCGAUUUCCACCGAAGACUACCAUCAUGGUUCCUCAUCCGCUUCGCAAUACUCAAGCACCCAGAAACAGAUGAGAUGUAUCUUGUUCCAGACAGAAUCAAAGAGGAGGCGCAGAGGCAGACUUUCACGGCUGGGAGAUGGGCCAUCAAUAAUAUGCGGCUAUUCAAUCUGCUUGAGGAAAGGAAGAACUGGCGAAAGCUCGUCGGCCAUGAUAUUGACGGCCGUAAGAUGGUCUGGAGGAAGAACAUGGCAGAUCACGUACUGAAGAUUACCCGGGAGAGGGUUCGUCUGGAAAUGAAUAAGUUACAGCGGCGGGAAAUUGUAGAGAUUCCAUGGGAAUUUGAGGGCGAGGGCGAGGUUGGUUGUGUCUUGGAUUGGAGCAAGGAUGACUGGAGCAAAGAGGAAGCUUAUCAAGACAAGGAAUGUUUGACGAUGGUACAGGGAAAAUCCGUUCCUUUGCAUCAUAUGCAGACACUCCUGGGGGAUGAGAUAGCUUCGGAGAUUCAAGUGAAGUUAAGGAUUCCAUAUGGAGUCACUAGGAGUGGGAUAUUACUUCACGAGAGAUCAAUGAAGGCACAGAUGUGGUUGAUGAAGAUAAGAGCCUAUUUGGGCACUUAUUGA